UCAGGCAAGAGGAGGAGAAGAGGCAACUUGCCCAAGGAACCUGUCCAGAUUCUCCAGGAUUGGCUGUAUGAACACAGAUACAAUGCUUAUCUCUCAGAGCAAGAAAAAGCAUUACUGUCCCAACAAACACACUUAUCGACACUACAGGUCUGUAACUGGUUCAUCAACGCCCGGCGCAGGCUCCUCCCUGACAUGCUGAGAAAGGAUGGCAAGGACCCCAAUCAGUUCACAAUUUCUCGCCGUGGGGCCAAGAUUUCUGAAGCUGACUCGUUGGAGUCCGUAAUGGGCAUCAAAAACUACAUGCCAGCUUUGGAGGAGAGUGUGUUUCAUUCCUGUACAGCUGGACCAAGCCCCACCGUCGGCAGGCCACUUUCUCCUAAACCACCAUCCCCGGGAUCAAUUUUGGCUCGGCCAUCAGUGAUCUGCCAUACCACGGUGACUGCAUCGAAAGAUGUGUCUUUUUCGCUCUGCCAGUCAGUAGGUGUGGGACAAAACACAGAUCUACAGCAGAUGGCAGCCAGCAACUUUACAGACACCUCUCUCAUGUACCCAGAGGACAGCUGCCAAUCAGGACCAAGGACGAAUACACAAAGUGGUCUUUUCAACACUCCUCCCCCCACCCCACCGGACCGCAACCAGGAUUUCAGUGGCUUUCAGCUCCUAGUGGACGUUGCACUCAAACGGGCUGCAGAGACGGAGCUUCAGGCAAAACUGAUGGCUUAA